AUGUUCGCGCUAGCGAAUUUCUGUCUCGUACUUGCCUUUGCAACAGUUAUCGCUAUCAGCGCCCAAGAUGCUGGUGCUAGCGAGGACAAAUCGACCGACGAUACGGUGGUGAUUGAAGCUACCGAGCUGAAGCCCCGACAACCGCGCCACAUUUGGUUGACACCACGUGUUUCCGGCGCCGACUGGAAGCAGGCCCUCGGCGAUGGUAGUCCCUGUCUGACGGCCAAAGGUCACCUCGGCUUCUGCACCUCGUUCCGCACAUGCUAUCCCUACUUCAAGGUGCCGGACCUGAGCGUCUGGGAGUCGUGGGUUCUCGGGAACUACGACACCUGCAGCUACUUCAACGAGCAGGGUCGUCAAGCGUUCGGAGUAUGCUGCACCAACCCCAUCACCCCGCUGCCUAUCCCCGACGCGUCGCCCGUCCUCGAGCCUCCAUCCGGGAUACCAGCGCCACCCACCUUCAUCGGUGCGCCCCCCAAACCGCCCAACAAGAACAACAACUAUCCCAGCUGGCCGCCACCAAUUCCGACGCAUCCGCCAGAUCACACGCCCGCCACCCACCCGCCCGCAUUUGGCGGUCCGGCGCAACCGCCCGUCCCGACCACCGUUUCCUCCGUCGGCAUUUCCGAACCUACGCAGCGCCCAACGACGACGUGGCCCACGCGACCCCGCCCUCCCCAGGUGCCGAAUCAACCGGGACAGCCGGCACCACCGCAGCCGCCCUCUCCCGGGCAACCGAUCGGUGUCUGGCCACCGCCCGUUCCCACGCAUCCGCCCCUCGAGAUCGCCACCGUUCCGCCGGCUUCCUCCGGGGUCAUCACCGGCGACUCGCUCAGCGCCGCUUGCGGUGUGAAAAAUGGUAAUCCGGACACGGAGCGCAUCGUCGGUGGGCACAACGCUGAUCCGAACGAGUGGCCCUGGAUAGCGGGACUGUUCAAUAAUGGACGACAGUUUUGCGGCGGUUCGCUCAUCGACAACAUCCACAUCCUGACCGCAGCCCACUGCGUGGCACACAUGAGCUCGUACGACGUGGCGCGACUGUCAGUGAAGCUUGGCGAUCACAACAUCCGCUCGAACACCGAGGUUCAGCACGUGGAGCGACGCGUCAAGCGUCUGGUUCGACAUCGUGGCUUUGACUCGCGCACGUUGUACAACGACGUGGCGGUGCUAACGAUGGACCAACCGGUCCCCUUUACGAAGCAAGUACGACCCGUCUGCCUGCCGGCAGCGGACAAUUCGAGGGCCUACAACGGACUAACGGCCACCGUCAUCGGUUGGGGCAGCUUGAGAGAAAAUGGACCACAGCCGGCGAUUCUGCAGGAAGUGAACUUGCCCAUCUGGACGAACAACGAGUGCAGGGUAAAGUAUGGUCCGGCGGCGCCGGGCGGCAUUAUCGACACGAUGCUGUGCGCCGGACAGGCGGCCAAGGAUUCCUGUAGCGGUGACUCCGGUGGACCGUUGAUGGUGAACGAUGGCAAGUGGACGCAGGUUGGCGUCGUAUCCUGGGGUAUCGGAUGCGGCAAGGGCCAGUAUCCGGGUGUGUACACGCGUGUCACCUCCUUCCUUCCGUGGAUUAAGAAAAAUAUUAAUGACGCUUAG